GCCGUGUCCCCGCAGCGGCUGAGGGGGCGCCGUGCCGUGUCCCCGCAGCGCUUGGCCAUGGCUGCGCUGUGGGACGACGUGGUGCGGGACGAGGCGGCCGUGCGGGAGGCGGCGGCGGCGGCCGUGGACGCGGCGCUGCUGGAGGGAGUGCUGAUGCGGACGGCGGGCGAGCCCAACGCCUCGGACGUGGUGACUUACGCUCCCUUCACGCUGCUGCCGUCGGCGGUGCCCAGGGCCCUGUUUGAGCAGGCGUAUGCUGUGCAGCAAGACUUCAACCUGCUGGUGGAUGCCAUCAGCCAAAACAAGGAGUUCCUGGAGCAUACUCUGGCCAGCACCAUCAAGGUAGACGACUUCACAGCUCGGCUCUUCAGAAUCCACAAGCAAGUUCUGGAGGAAGGCUUGGCUCAGUCUGUGUUUCUAGGCAUAAACCGCUCUGAUUACAUGUUUGACCGUGGGCUGGACGGGACCCCAGCUCUGAAGCAGAUCGAGAUAAACACCAUCGCUGCCAGCUUCGGGGGCCUCAUCUCCCGCACCAUGGCUGUCCAUAGGAGGGUGCUGCAGGUGCUGGGCAGGUGGGAGGAGGCGUCACGGCUGCUGCCCAACCAGCCGGCUGCGGGGCUGGCCGAGGGCAUCGCCACGGCCUGGCAGCUCUACGGCUCACCCAGUGCUGUGGUGAUGUUUCUGGUGGAGGAAGACCAGAGGAACAUCUUUGACCAGCGAUGUGUGGAGAGUGAGCUUUGGAGCAGGAAGAUCCGUGUGAUCAGGAAGCGAUUCAGAGACGUGUUUGAGAAGGGCUCCCUGGAUGCUGCCAGGAGGCUGUUUGUGGAUGGCCAGGAGGUAGCAGUCGUGUACUACAGAGAGGGCUACGUGCCCCAGAGCUACAACCAGCAGAACUGGGAGGCCAGGCUGCUGCUGGAGAGGUCGAGGGCGGUGAAGUGCCCUGACAUUGCCACACAGCUGGCUGGCACCAAGAAGGUGCAGCAGGAGCUGAGCAGGGCGGGUGUGCUGGAGCAGCUGCUGCCCACGCAGCCCGAGGCCGUGUCGCGGCUCCGACAAACCUUCACCGGCCUCUACUCGCUGGAGCAGGCAGGGCAAGGAGCUGGUGCUGAACAGGGCAGCCGGGCACCUGCUGCGGACCAAGGCCGUGGAGCAGGCGGAUGGGGGGGUGGCAGCGGGGGUGGCUGUGCUGGACACCCCGUACCUGCAGUGAGCAGCUCCCCUGCAGCCCCAGGCCUGGGCUCCUCCUGCCCAAAGCUCCUGUGUGCCAACCUCAGCUUCUCCUCUGCCGUGCCACGGCCCUGCUGGGGGCCAGCCUGGGGGCAGGGGGCUGUGCAGCACAGCUGAAGGGAUGAGGUACCCCCCAGGCACUGCUCCCAGCUUCCUGCUCCGUGCUGCAGCGUUUCUGGACACACACAAACCCCAAAGGCUGGAGACUGGGAGGAGAAAGGUGGAGGUGCAGGUACCAGCCUUCAGCUGUGGGCUGUGUCCCCCAGUGCCUUGGUGCUCUCCAGCUGCUCCUGCUCUCUCCAGCCCUCCUUCAGCUGCAGCUCUGAUUUCCACUGCUCCCUGUGCCUGAGGCUCCUCAGGGCCCUUGCUCGAGUUACAGCUGCCCUGGGGGGAUUUGCCCAAGGGCCUCUUGCUCACUUUUGCUUUGCUCAGCUCCUGCUCUGCUGGCCCAGGUGCUGCUGCCCCUGGGUGCCCCUGUGUCACAGCUUUAGCCAGCAGAUCCCCACGUGUUGGUGUAGGAAUCCCUUGGGGACUGUGGCAGAUCCCAGGGCCUGGGAGCUGUGUCACCCGCCCUGAGCCUCUGCCAGCAUGGGAAGGAGCCCUGUCUCAGUAAAGGGCUCUGUGGGUGGGAGCAGGAGCAGGGCUGGAGGAAGCAGAGGGACUGGCCCAGCAGCCCCAGCCCUUUUCUCUGGGACCAGCAGCAGGGGAGGGUGAGAUGUGUCUCCCUCUGGGUUUCAUGGGCUGGAAGCAGUGCUGGGUGGGGGUGGGGGGUGGUUCUCCUUCCCUGGGUUCUUUUGCCUCUUCUUCCAGCCUCAGUCCGUCUCAGCUGAGCCAUUCAGGGGCUGCAGCUUUGUGGCAGUGCCCUGGGCUGGGGCCCAGGCUGCCUCUGCAGUGCCAGCAGAGCAGCAGCUGCCCUUCCUGGGGCACAGUGGUGCUGAGGAGGAGCUCAGCACCCUGUGGGGCCUGUGGCUGACAGCCAGGCUGCUGCCUGUUCCAGCAGCAGGGGCAGAGCUCAGGGCUGGCAGUGACUGCCCUUCCUGGGCUGUUUGGCUGGGGGGUUGAUUGCCCCAGCCAGAGAAUAAAAGGUUUGUGCAAUCUG